CCUUACAUUACGGAGACCCGCAAUCGGCAUUAGUGUGUAUGUGCUUGUAAAAUUUUAUCGGGAAAUCGGAUUUUCCAUUUUUUGGCUCGGUCUAAAAUUUUCGAUUUUCUCAAUUUCGAAAUUCGUAAUGAAAGUACGCUGAGGAGAGUUUCCGGAAUUCGGUGUUGUUGAGUGUGGGAAUGUGAGCAGACCAAAUUGAUAAGGUCCAAGCUUCCGCUGAUGUAUACCCGUUGAUUAUAUAUCAGAAUCUCGAUAUCUCUUGGCGGAGAGAAUUUGAGAGUUCCGACGCAAAUCUGAACUUGAUUGUGGAUAGGAAAGCGGGCAAAAGCGAGCAAAAGUAGCCAAGCCUAUUCUCGGCAAGUAACUUGAAGAAAGUAAGAGUGGCCGCAACGAUGGACUGACAGAGGGUUAUCCGACUGCGGUGAGGCCGGAAGAGGAGAAUCGGGGAAGGCGAGAGGAAGGUGCCAAGUGUGAUCGGACCUCAGCUGCGAGAGCGGCCAACCUCUCUUCUAUUAUGAGGCCUGGGAGUCUGAAGGAUCCCGAUAUCGCAGAACUAUUCGAGAAAAAUGACCCGGAAAAGAUUUUUGAAGAUCUCCGGGAGAUCGGGCACGGGAGCUUCGGCGCUGUUUACUACGCCCGAUGCCUCGUCUCCAAAGAGAUCGUUGCCAUCAAAAAGAUGUCCUACCUGGGGAAACAGACGAUGGAAAAGUGGCAGGAUAUCCUCAAGGAAAUCCGUUUCCUCAGGCAACUCAAUCACCCCAACACUAUCGAGUAUAAAGGUUGCUAUCUCAGGGACCACACUGCCUGGCUGGUGAUGGAAUAUUGUCUAGGGUCAGCAUCGGAUAUAAUAGAAGUCCAUAAAAGGCCUCUGAAGGAAGACGAGAUCGCCGCAAUUUGCGAGGGUGUUUUGCGCGGUUUACACUACCUCCAUUCCCUAGGCAGAAUUCAUCGAGAUGUGAAGGCAGGCAACAUUCUUCUAACCGAGAAUGGCACCGUGAAACUUGCAGAUUUCGGUUCUGCGAGUAUCAAGUGCCCUGCUAAUAGCUUCGUCGGAACUCCAUAUUGGAUGGCACCCGAAGUUAUUUUAGCUAUGGACGAGGGUCAGUACGAUGGAAAAGUCGACGUCUGGUCUUUAGGAAUCACUUGCAUUGAAUUAGCCGAAAGAAAGCCACCCUAUUUCAAUAUGAACGCGAUGAGUGCUUUGUACCACAUUGCGCAAAACGACACACCCAUUCUAAACUCCCCCGAAUGGACGGACGUUUUUCGCCAUUUUGUUGAAGUCUGUCUAACAAAGAGCCCGAGCGAACGACCAUCGUCCGGCAAAUUAUUAUCGCAUCCAUUCGUGACGAGAGGUCGUUCAAUCCAGGUUCUGAUAGAUCUUAUACAGAGAACUAAGGCCGCAGUCAGGGAGCUGGACAAUCUGAACUACCGGAAGAUGAAGAAGAUCCUAAUGAUUGAUUCUUGCGAGACAGAAAGCACCGUCGGCGAUCCAGAUGACACUCCUGAUGAACAAACAGGUGGCGAUAGUAGCAAAAGCAACUCCAUCACCUCCGAGCAUUCAAUCCACUCAAUGGGAGUCUCGGCGAGUUCGCAAAGUUCCUCCACCAACAGCCUACCACUGCCGAAUGCCGAUUCAAACGAUUAUUCGACAGGAUCCGUGCGAAAUCGGCACAAUAUUUCGGCAGGAGUCACUGCCAAUCUUCUGGAACAUGGUGCCAAUAAUUUUGCGACGAUAAGAACCACUUCGAUUGUUACAAAACAGCAGAAGGAACACAUGCAGGAGGAAAUGCAUGAACAGAUGAGCGGUUACAAGAGGAUGAGACGAGAACAUCAGGGAGCAUUGGUUAAACUGGAGGAACGUUGUAAAUUGGAAAUGGAGUCUCACAAGCAGCUGCUGGACAAGGAGUACGAUACUUUGUUGCAGCAGUUCAGUAAGGAGUUGGAGAAGCUGCAGCUUAGGCAUUUGCAGGAGUUGGAACGCAAACUUAAACAAAAUCAAAAUGCGGAGAAGAAGCUUCAUAAGGAGAUUAGUAGCAGACAGGAGGCUGAUCGCAAGGCACUUGAAGCUCAGCAAAAGCGGGAAUACAAGGCGUAUAAAGAGAGAUGGAAGAAAGAGCUUUCCCUGGACGAAGUGACUCCUAAACGCCAACGAGACGCGACUCUCCAGAGCCAGAAGGAGAAUCUAAAACAAAUGGAGGCGCAAGAGGAACAGCGACUUGCGAGAGGACAGCGGGAAUACCUCGAUCUUGAAAUCCGCAAAUUCCGAAGGAAAAAAUUACUCAACUUCCACACCCUUGAGCAGGAGCUUCUCCGUGAAGAACUGAACAAGAGACAGCAACAACUCGAGCAAGCGCACGCGAUGUUGCUGCGACAUCACGAGAAGACCCAGGAACUGGAAUAUAGACAACAAAGGGCAGUUCACGCUUUAAGGGAAGAUCAAGUCCAUCGACAGCACAGCACUGAGUUGUGUAAUCAGCAAGAUUACAUGCAACGAGCUGAGCGAGACUUACGCAAGAAGCACGCGCUCGAAUUAAAACAACAGCCCAAGAGUCUCAAGCAAAAAGAAAUGCAAAUCCGCAAGCAAUUUAGGGAGACGUGUAAGAUACAGACGCGUCAGUAUAAGGCAUUGAAAGCUCAAAUAUUACAAUCCACUCCGAAGGAUGAGCAGAAGACAGUCAUAAAGAAAUUAAAAGAAGAACAGAGGCGGAAACUCGCACUUUUGGGUGAACAGUACGAGCAGAGUAUCGCCGAAAUGCUGCAAAAGCAAAGUAUCCGUUUGGAUGAGUCGCAGGAGCUCGAGUGUCAUCAUCUUAAGGAAAGGCUGAAUUAUGAAUUGGAGAUUCUGAUGGCUUAUCAGUCGAAGAAUAAGAUGCAAGCGGAGGCUCAAAGGAAUCGUGAACGACGCGAGUUGGAAGAACGCGUUUCAGUGAGAAGGGCUCUUUUAGAACAAAAAAUGGAGAUGGAAACCCAGGAAUUCUUGCAAGAGCGAAGCGAACGAAUACGACUCUUGCAUGAAAGACAGGAGCGAGAAUUGCAACAGUUUGAUGAAGAAAGUGCAAGAAUUGGGUUUAGUGCACUGGCAAUAGCUGAAGCUUCUAAAGAGUCUUACCCAGACGACGAGAGCUUGAGUGGCUCGAUGUUAAGUCUGGCUCACAGCAAUAGCUCCACAUCCUUUCCCCCUAAUAGUCUCUAAUCUUAAUCAUUCGUGUUAAAAUGUAUGUCUGCCUGUAAUCUGUGCAUAACAAUUUAUCCGACUCACUGUCAUUCGCUAUUCUACAAGUCAAGGUCUGUCGAUCGCGUGCGGUCAAUAUUUGCGUGUGACCUUGUAUACUCGUGCAUACUUUGUAUAUACGUAGAUAUACAAACAGGCCCGAAUUUCGCGACCUGGGUUCGAAAAUAUAUUUGGUAUCUUUGUAAUUUUAUACUUUUGAACCCCGUCAAAUCAAUGAGCGGACCUUGAGGCACAUACCAGUACUGUAACCUGAAAAUCUAGUCCGUAGACUACUGCGCAUGCGUUGUGGUUCAGGAAGCAUGCGCAUUAGUCUAAUCGCUGGAUGUCGGCUGCACUGGCACAUAAGGCUGUCUUGUCUAGAGAUUUUUCGGGCAUGCGUAUUGGAUCAGAACGUGAGGUGUAGUUCUUUUAAUAGAAAAAUCGAUGCUCUCUUUAAAGUUAAAUCGCAUUUUUACCAAUUACGCCUGUUUUCAGUCGGUUUCAGGUGGCUUGUUUUUAUGUCUUGAAACAGUUGGAAAGAGUCUCCAAAGUAGAAAAAUUGUCGCUAUCGGAGUGUUAGACGCAAUAGUUCUUUUAUUGUAAUAAUGAGCGCUACAUUUUCGUUCAUCGUUGCUAUUGUUUUGUAUCACGUCACAAAUAAAUGGCAAUCUCGUCAAAAAUUGCAUUCGAUCUAGACACGUAGGCACUGAGCGAUCAGUAUUUUUUAUAGGAUAAACUCAUUUUUAACCUCAGUGUUUUCUUUUUAUUCCCAAAUCUCUGUUUUAAUCUAAACCCUUUCUUAUCUCUUAAUAAUAAUAUGCAUUUAGUCUUGUUUAGUAUCGUCGAUGACUGAUUUGUGUUACAUUAUAUUUUUAAAAGUCUCAAUCUACCUUUGAAGUGGUAAAUGUCUUCUUAGUCUUCCUUCGAAAGUAACUUUCACGAUUCGAUAGAUUAAAAAGUCGAAAGUAGGCUGAAAUAUUUUGAAAAAUCGCUUGCGUUUUCUUCCAGUACACAUCCCGUUGCUGUUCUCUGAAAAGCAACUUUACUUCUCUCGUUUUCUUACGAAUUUGUUACGUAUAUCCGAUUAUAGUAAUCAGUGUCACAAAAUGUUUGUUGUCUCUUCACUGAGCGAGUCAACUUGACUUCCUGCAAGUUCACUAACUCGGUGAAUGGAUUACAAUUGAAUGUAAGUGAAUCGCGGGCAUUUUUUCGGAGAGCUUCUUCGCGAAAUAUAGGGGAGCAUUAAGUCGUAUUAAAGAUGGUCACAAGGGAAAAGAAAUUAUUGAUGUGAAAAGUUUAGAUAAAUUUGAAGAAGCAUUUCGAGAAGGUGUGGCGAUCGGAGGUUGUUCAUCAUUAUGAUGAAGCGUGUAUAUAAAACUCGAUGAUUGCGUUGAGAGGAGCGACUUUUGAAAGAUUUGUUAGAGGAAUCUGCUUGUUGUGUGUAAAGGAGGAAUUGAGAUUCUCCUUUCGGUUAUUUUAUUCGGGAUUUCGUGUAAACGUGUUGAAACCCGAAAUUCAAAUUAUCUCGCCAAUUGGUUGUUUAUUCCGGUCGAAACGAAGUGUGUGCAAAAGUGUUUUUUGUGGGUACGAGUGGAUUGUGCCUACUAUAUAAUAGAAUUUCGUUCUGAAUCUUCGCGAACUGUAAUUGAAAAAUUGAAUAACAGUAGUGGGAGAUCGGCCAUUAUUGAUUUUCUCUUGUCAACAUUUGUAAAUAUUUGUUCAUUGUGUUCUCAGAUUUUAAUUGCGAAGUUGGAUGAAAAAGUUGGCUUGAGUUUUGCAGACCAAACUCGUCGAUAUUCUCCAAAGUUAGGGCCGAUUUUUGUUGGUCGUGCGAGAGGGACAUUUUAUUAAUCAGCCUUCUUCUUGUGCGACCGACUCGGCGUUAUGUACUCGCAAAUGUAAUGCAAUGCAGGUUUUGGCUUUAAGUAGACGAACUGUAAUUUGUUUUUAUUUUUAAUAGCGCUAAUCGUUUAGCAAACAAAAUUGUAGAGAAAUAUAGGCGAUCCGAACCUAGGGCUCUGACUCGAAGGUUGGUGAUUUUUUAUAUCUGAGUAGUGCUUUGCAUAUUGAAGAAAGCUCGAAUUAUGGAGCCACGUCAGCAUUGCGAUUGGAAAACCAAAGAUUAUAAAAAAAAAAAAGAAGAAAAAGAAGGAAAGGAAGGAAGAGAAGAAGUUUGUGCUCUCGCAUCUCGAGGACUCGUUCGAGUCACUUAAGUAGAUAAGAUAGGCCGAUUGUGGUACUACUUUCAUUUGUUUUCUUUGUAACGCUACAACGAAAAACAGUAAGAAACAGUAUCGAUGACUUCUUUGUAGGCGAAAUAACCGAAAUAAUCACAAGCAAUGCUGAAGGGUUCCUUGCCAAUGAGUCACGAGCCAUCUACGAAUUAGUGAGCAGAGAUCUGUGGUCAAUAACGUGCUCACGCGAAAAAAAAAGAAAGAAUACAACAACCAACUCAAUUAUAAAAGUAAAUAGGAACCUACGACUAUAGAUAAAUAUUCUCUAUUAUGAUAAAGAUAUAUAUUAUACAUCAAAUUACACUAAAGAAAAAAACCGAUACCUUUGUAGCAAGUAACCAAUCAAGAAAAACGCAACACACGUAUCGAGAGUAAUCAGACUCGUAAUUGGUCUUAAUAAUUAUGAUGAUAAUUAAUGGUAAUUAAUUAUUUUUACCUUUAAGUUUAGGUAGAGUAUAAAUACAUUUUUUAACUAAAAACAAACUGAUGGCUAGGGACGAGCAAACUUCCUAACGUUUACGUUCGAAACGAGCAGAACUGUUCAAAACCUCUAUGCUAAUUAGAUAAUAAAAAUUGAAAUUAUGACAUGAAA